GCCACCACCACCGCCGCCUUUGCCGUCGUCACGAUGGUCUGUUCCAAAAGGCCGGCCGCCGCCCGUUGAAUGGACGCCAAUCGGAGAUCGGCCAAACAGUUUAGGAGCCGCACGCGCAGCUAGCGAGCGGCUAACUACGGGCCCUACCCGCAGGCCCCCUCCACGGGCCAGGCGAUGCUGCAGAGCUGCGCAGCCGGGGGCUCGAGAUGCGCCCGAAGGGCUCUCGUGGUCCUCCUCGGCUGGGGCCUCCUCAUGAUCGCGACCGUGCAAUUCCGACACUCGGGCCAGGGCAGCCUCGUCCUUAAUCCGACUGUGGAGGAGCUCGGACAAGUGCCGGCGCGGCCACGGCUCCAGAGUCUCGCUGCCUCGCGCUUCCUACUCCAGCGGCAGACGUCCUCCCAGCGAGAGCAGCCGGCAUCCCCGGCGACGACCCUCGUAGCCACGGCGUCCCUGCCGGAGGAGCUCGAGCCCCUGCUCGAUCGUCGACCAGCCCGCAGCGAGGACGAGCUCAUCCGCGAGAUCGAGGAGCGGCUCCCGAGUCUGCCACUGGCUUACUGGACGCGCAACGGCAAGCAGACCGCGGCCAAAUCCGGGGGCCCCGAGCUCCCAGGCUGCAUCCCCAAGUACCCGAGCAUCUUCGAGCUCGAGUUCAAUAACAUUUAUUGGCAGACGAUGCGCAGCAGCAACGGCACCUUCCAGCUCUUCGGCGCCUUUUACGACGAGCGCAAGCUCUCGAGGAUCGGGCCCGCGAUUCGCAUCGUCGGCAUGAUCGAUCGGAUCGAGCCGACCCUCAAGAGCUACUGCCAGAUGUGGUUCGAGGGUGAGCGCGAGCCCCGAGUUGUCGAGGUCCUCGAGUACAAGUAUAUCUGGUACUCCAAGUGGGGUAAUUAUAAGCAGGGCAUCUACCAGCCGUACGUGAUUGCGUGCAAGGUGCCGCAGAGCCAUUGGCGCAGGGGCCCACCCGCCUCCGUCUCCCUCGUCGAGAAGCGCUGCGACACGGCGAGCAACAAUCUCCGUGUCACCUACAACAAGCCCGCGACCAAGAAGCAGUUCGCCGUUUGCGUUAAGGGCCUCGACUUCCUCCACGAGGAUCUCUCCGUACGUCUCGUCGAGUGGAUCGAGCUCAUCGGCCUCCUCGGCGCCGACAAGAUAUUCUUCUACGAGCUCCAGGUACAUCCGAACGUCACCAAGGUCCUCGGUCACUAUCAGCGGCUCGGCCGCGUUCACGUAACACCCCUCACGCUACCCGGUGGACAGCCUAACGUACCGGCCUUCCAGCACAUGUACCUCACCAAGAAGACCAACCACAAGCGCCAGAACGAGCUCAUACCCUACAACGACUGCCUCUACAAGCACAUGUACGAGUACGAGUACAUCGCCCUCCUGGACGUCGACGAGGUCAUAAUGCCGGUCCAGGACGCCACCUGGCAGGAGCUUAUGCGACGCGUCGUCCCCAAGGCAAUGAGGCUGCGCAACGAGACCAGGGCAUCGUACAACGUUAGGAACGUCUACUUCCUCGACGAUCUCCUCCACACCCACGGCACUUUCAAGGACAUACCCAAGUACAUGCACAUGUUGCAGCACGUCUAUCGCUCGAAAAACUUCACGAAGCCAAACCAGUACAUCAAGUGCUUCCACAAUCCGGAGCGCGUGGUGACGCUGCACAACCACUUCCCGCUGGCGUGCCUCGGAGCCGGCUGCACGAGCUACCCCAUCGAUACUGAGGACGCCCAGCUGCAGCACUACAGAGCCGAUUGCGUCAAGUCGCUGAAGAAGACCUGCGUCGAGUACCGGGAGAAUAGUGUCCUCGACCCGACCAUAUGGCGCUACAAGGACAAGCUCGUCGCGAGGGUCACCGCGACCCUCAAAAUCCUCGGCUUCUUCGGAUCGAGCAGCUAGCCCAGGCAGGAGAGGUCCGUCCAGGAGGAGGACGACCCGGGCCUCUUCGCCUACUGAUCCUCGGCGGCAC